AUGAGGCAGGAGACUCCUGGCCCAGGUUCUGCUGAGUUAGACGACGAGGAGCCCAUCCUUCCUGUCUACGAAGCGGUUAGCACACCAAGCCCUAUCAGUCCGGCAGGCUCUAACCCGUGGGUCUUUUCCUUUGAUUCCGAUUCUCCACCUUCUUUCCUUAUUGAUUCCUCCAACAAAUGGGUGCUUGAUAUUAACCCUCACGGUAAUAGGCGUUCCCGUGGACAGCCUUCACAUACUCCGUCCAAUUCAAUUUCAAAUCAGUCCUUCUUACACAUGGAACCUCUUACAGACGCUUUGACCUACAUAUAUUCCCUCAGCGCUGGGGAUGCCCCAAUACAAAUCACCAUUAUGGUAGAGGCAGAAGCAGACCGCCAAAACUUCUACACUUUCUCAAUCGCAUUGAAGGCAGGUCAUGUGGAACGUGCUAUAUGCAAACCCAUUACGUUGAGGCUUUCCGUUAAUCCACGACAGCUUGAUUUUUCGGUAUUUGUCUUUCCUCCAAGAUCUUCAUUGCCCGUCGGCUGCCUACAUCACCUGCGCGUGUGGCUUAGAUCAGCGGCCAUUGACCAUCGGAUAUUUGGUGACAACGAUCUGUGGGUAGGCCGAGAUCCGGAUUUUCGUUCUAUUGCAGAUGCUUCUUUUGCCAUCCUUCGGAAUGCAACGCAAGACAUGCUUAUAUAUCAGGCCAUCGUCGGUCGCGCUCACCGCACCCCACACGCUCCCCUUUCACCCUCUUCCUCGGUAUCCUCUCAAGUGACCGAAUCUUACAUCUACCAGCGGCUAUGGAAAACAGAUGAUUUCAAAAUAGGUGCCUACCUCGACUUCGACGCUCUUGGCUCAAAACUCAUCAUGGCCGUGCGGGACCCAAACUCACCACAAAGCGAACGUGACCAGCCUCACCGUAACCGGAGUAUACGCCGGCUGUCCCGUCUUCCCAUGCCUAAUUCAGAUGCCUCAGGAGAUCCAGUACAUGACCGAUAG